CGCAACUGCCAAAUUUGGUGUCUUAGCUGAUGGUAGAAAUCAAAAUUUUGCUGGUUUUGAUUUAAUUUGUUAAGUUUUAACUCGAUCAAACCAAGCGGAACUGGACCGUGUGUUUGAAAGAAUGGAGCGCUUCACACUUGCUUGGGUUCUGUUUACGCUUUGUCUGUGUUCUGUGUUAGGAAGACCCGCAAAACAAAAGUCAUCACUCUUAAAGACGAUAGUCAAGAGAUGGGACUUGAUCGUCGAAAACGACCGUAAGUCAGUGAAGUGUUUAAUUUUAUGCCCGCUAUGUUAAGAUCAUCAAUUACCAACACAAACUCUAAGCGUGCCUAACGGGGUUCACAAUUCAUCAGAAAAAUUGACAAAGCACUUGAAAGAAAACCAUGAUCUCAAAACACAAAUUGUAUUUGAAAUGUCAGAAAACACCUGCUAGUCUGGAGUCAUGGCGAUGUAAAGAUUGUCAAUCAUUACUAUCACAUUCUCCUAAUCCUACCUAUGUGUUGGUCAAAGUUGGUGGGAAAGGUUUAUUUUGGCGCAAUAAAGCAUUUUAGGGUAAACUUGGGUUGAAGGAAUUUUGUUUUCAACCUUGUGACAUAGCCUACAUGUGAUUACCCCCCUCUCCCCCCCCCCCUGCGUGAUCCCUAAAGAGGAGGGGAGGGAGGAGAACUUCAUCAAGUUCGCUGCUGUCAACUUCCUCUUCCGCGCCGAAAAAAAGCCCGUGUUAGUCUGCCCCUUGCAUAAAAGGCUUCCCAAGAACUGAGGGCAGGAGGGACACCAACUCUUCAACAUUUUUUGAUUCAUCUAUCGGCCUAUAAAUUUAUUCAUUUAUGAAUUUUUUUUUUGCUGUACAAAUUAAAUCAUAAUGGUUCGGGGUCUGAGAGAGCAGCAUUCAUUCGACAUCACUGAAACGACAAGUUACCUGAGGUUGCUGAUCGAGUACAUGAUUAACCAGGUAGCUUCUUGGAAAUGAUUCGCAAUUCUCCCUUAAAACAGUUACACUAUUCCCUGGGUUAUCAUGGGCUCUGAAAUUUUCAAGCUGAGUCUUAAUUACUGACAUGAAAAGAAACUAGAUGCUCACUCAAACUUAUUAUCGGAAGUGACUCAGUUUUUGGCAGCAAAAUAUAGCAAAAGGUAAGGAUGACAUCGUAGAUUUCGCUUUGGCGGGUUUUUACAAGCUACAUCAUUUCCAUUACAGAUAGAUUGGAAAAGCACAACAAUUUCUUCGCAAUAAUGUGUAUGUUCAAUUUUAUUUACAAGUAACACAUACUUAAAUUUGUAUGCGCCAUUACCUGUUAGCCAUAUGUUGCGUCUAUGUUGAGUCCAUAGUUUGCAUACAACUCUGUCAGGAAGUAAUGGAAUUUCAGCGUCUCCUUCAUUCCUUGCAAAGGCUAGAAUUUCUUACCACCAUCAGUAGUAGCAGCUAUGAAGCAAAGGCUUCCAGAUUUUUCAUUACUGAUUAGGUAUGCCAAGCUUCAAGUCAUUUGUCUCUGUGCAUGGGAUACACUGGUUUAG